ACAACAAUAUAAAAUAAUAAAUAUAAACGGUUUAUGAUUUUUUGAAAAUAUAAAUUAUUUUGUUUUGCAAAAAUAUUAAUUUCUAACUUUAAUCACUUUAAAAACAUGAAAAAUAUAUUAUACCUUAUUUUUCUCAUCUUUAAAGUAGAUGUGCAUGGCUUAACAGUCGAGGCCAUGGUAGGCAAUUCCCUUUAUCUCCCCGAUUUCAAGCCUCAGAUUGUCAUGAAAUGCGGAUAUUAUAAUCAAUACCUGGACAGGACUGGAAUAUGGUUAUCCGAUUCGAAUGGUAUUUGCACGGACAACAACACCGCCAUUACCGAGUACUGCAGAAAUAUUUAUCCUAAUCUAAAUAUAACCAACAUAAUGCCGAUGGGGAAGACCAUCAAAGUCGACAAUUGGUGCGCUCCCGAUCAAUUGAAGUGUGACAAAGUUUUUGACGUCUAUCCUAUCAGAUGUUUGGAAGGCAAAUUCCAGAGCGAAGCAUUAUUGGUGCCCGAGGGGUGCGUGUUUGAUCACGUGCACAGUUCCAAGUUAUGCAAGGGCCAAGAUUAUUGGAAGGCCAAAGCUGCCCAAGCCUGCGCGAUCAAAUUUAACAACGUCAAUAAGAUGCCCAGAAGGAAUAGGGUUCCUAUUGUCGAUGUCGCGGCCCUCAACUCUAAAUCACCCCUGAGGAGUUAUUCUAUGCUCUUGCCGUGCGAUAUAGGGGCCUUUUCGGGCGUGGAAUUCGUCUGCUGCGCCAAUAAAAAUGGCGAAUCCCAAGGCGAAGACAUCAAAAUACCGAACGAUGUCGUAAAAGGGAGCAAAGAAGACGGAGAUGAUUACGUGGUAGAAGACAACAGGACUAAACAAAAGGGGGAAAUCGCGGAUAACAACGUUAACAAAAUAGCCAUUCCUUCGCAGAACGAACCUUCCUACCACUCCCUUAGAGCUCAAACGAUCAUUUUAGCGACCCCUCCUACCGUAACUUACCCAACUUCUUCACGACGAACUCCUAAUAAUUCAAGCGCCAACGGGAUCAACCCAUUUACCCAAAUCGACGGAAUCAUCCGAAACGGACGUUACGCAGGAAACUACUGGGGUAACGGAGAUGGAAUGGAGAAGGAGCAAGGGGGCAUAAAAACUUACUAUUCCGCCUUCGAUAAGGACAAGGAACACGAACGCUUUGUCGGCGUUAAAAACUGGAUGAAAGAGAAGCGGAGGAAGACCAUCAUUAAUCUCAUGAGAGAUUGGACCCUAAGCGAGAAGCGGUACAACGAUAUCAAGGCCAAGGAUCCGUAUUUAGCCCAGAGAUACAAACAGGAUAUUAGCAAGAGUUUUCAAAAAACGAUUUCAGCACUCGAAGCCGAAGAAAAGGCGCAGAAGAAGCAGCUGACAGCUAUCCACGAACAGAGAGUCACCUCUUUACUCAACACCAAAAAACGAAAAUUCAUGUUCGAAUUUUUGAAGGAACUCGAAAAACCAUAUCCAUCACCCGAUCAUCUUAAAAUCGCCCUGGAACGUCUCCUUAGAGCCGAGGAACGUGACAAAAUGCACGUGAUCCACUAUUACGAGCACUUGCUUAAUUCCGACCCUGAAGCAGCCGCCAGAGUUAAACGCGUGGUAGCUAGACAUAUUAUGGACGUCGAAAGGAGGUUUAAUAGGUCACUGGCCAUGCUCAAAAGACGCCUCCCCACUUCUAGCUAUGACAAAAUAGCGCCUCAUAUAGCAUCAUUUCUUGAGACUAUUAAAACGAGGAAUGGAGAUUUUGCCGAAUUGACCAAUUCUAUCGUUCAAGACGAGUCAGAUAAAAUUCAAGCAUCAAUCCUAUCGGAAAUAUCGACUUCUUCACCUGGCUCAAACACUACAACAAAAUCACUGAACCUGAAAUUAUCACCUCAAAAAUCGGAUGAUUCACCUUACGACGAUUCCGAAGAUGACGCAGACGAUUCUUACGACAAUGAUGAUGAUGACGAUGACGACGAUGAAACGGUCGAUAACGAAGUCGUUAACAACAAAAUCCAGAAAAAGGUGGCAACCUCCACGACUAUCGGUGAAAGUCAGAUGACGGCAACCGCAAGCACUGGUUCACCCAUUUUGUACGCCAAACGGAACGACGAUCAAUUAUUUCAUUAUGGGGACUCAAAAAAUUUGCCAUUUUACUCUUCGGGCCUGACUUCCAUCAAAAACUCUAAUCGUCACUCAACGGCCUACCUGACAACGAAAUAUGAUUCAAACACUACAACAAAAUCACUGAACCUGAAAUUAUCACCUCAAAAAUCGGAUGAUUCACCUUACGACGAUUCCGAAGAUGACGCAGACGAUUCUUACGACAAUGAUGAUGAUGACGAUGACGACGAUGAAACGGUCGAUAACGAAGUCGUUAACAACAAAAUCCAGAAAAAGGUGGCAACCUCCACGACUAUCGGUGAAAGUCAGAUGACGGCAACCGCAAGCACUGGUUCACCCAUUUUGUACGCCAAACGGAACGACGAUCAAUUAUUUCAUUAUGGGGACUCAAAAAAUUUGCCAUUUUACUCUUCGGGCCUGACUUCCAUCAAAAACUCUAAUCGUCACUCAACGGCCUACCUGACAACUGUAACAAUCCUAACGCUCUCGGCCUUCGCUGCCAUUUUGUUAGGGGCCGUCAUGAUAAAACGAAGAUUUACCACUAUAAAGAGAUCCAAACACGCUCCAGUGCCCACUUGCGAAGAGGAUUGCGAUGGGAAGGAAGGAAAUGGAACCAACGGAAAGGCUAACGCGGGAAUGUUUAAGAAGAAAAUUUUCAAGGAUAACGUUAGUGAUUAUGUCGAAGUUGAUAACCGAUCCCUCGAAGAACGCAAUUUAGCCAGCAUGCAGGUGAACGGGUACGAAAAUCCCACUUACAAAUAUUUCGAAAAAAUAGCCUCCAAACCAUAAAAUUUGUUAAAAAAAUUUUUUAUUAUUCCUAACCUAUCAUUGCUAUAGAAGCAACAUUUUCAUUUUUCCUACUUUUUUUAAUAUUAGAAA